GUAUUUGUACAUUAGCAUAUGAAGAGAAGGCAUAAUUAGAAUAAUUUAUCGAAGAAAGCAGUUCAUAAGCUGCAAUUCUGUAUGAUAUCAACUCUAGUCCUAUUCUGAAUCGUGCAAGUCCAAGUGGAAGAAUGCCCGAGAGUAAAGUGGACUCAGGAGGAGUAGGAUCUGCCUCCGGGAUGUUGCGACGUCUCAACAUCGGCAGUGGUGCCUCGAAUGGGGGAUCUCCCUCUAGAAAUGCUGCAGUUGGUCCUCCCAUCACCAUGCAGGAUCUUCAUGGCAAGGAGGUUAUCACACCAAAUGACGUGAAGAGACUCAAUUGUAUAGCUGACGAUUACCUUUGCAAGGUGAACAGCACAGAGUACAAAAUAGACUUCACCAAAUUCAAAAUCAGAGACCUAGAGAGUGGACACACUCUGUUCGAGGUAGCCAAGCCACAACAAGACGAGCACCAUGACCCGGAUGGAGAGAGGGGAGGGGAGGAGAGGGGCGAUGACUCAGUGAGUCCGCGAGGGGGAGACCAGGGCCACGCCAGCAGUGCAUCCUCAGAGAACAGUGGCAGAUUCGUCAGAUACAAGUUCAGCCCUCACUUCCUCAAACUGAAACAAGUGGGCGCCACGAUAGAGUUCUCGAUAGGGGAAGUGGCACUGAACAAGUUCAGGAUGGUUGAACGUCACUUCUUCAAAGACAGACUUUUGAAGGAGUUUGACUUCGACUUCGGAUUCUGCAUGCCCCUCUCACACAACUCAAUCGAGCACAUCUACGAUUUCCCGCCACUCGACCAGGCCACCAUUGACCAGAUGGUGAAAUCUCCAUGGGAAACUAAAUCGGAUAGUUUUUACUUUGUGGACGACAGGCUCAUAAUGCACAACAAAGCAGAGUACUCAUACAAUUACGGAGGAUGAAAAAAAUAGACAAAUAACAUAAAAGCUGUCCUUCAAACAGCGCUUGAGGUUUCACCCCUCUGUGAAUCAAAAGGAACUUAGAAAAUAUGACAUUCGAGCUUGAAUGUAUUUAGAAUUGACCUAAACUUGUUGCUUUGUAUUAUUCUCAUGUGCAUUCCUCCGUAAUUUGAUCCGAAAGAAGCUGAUAUUCACUAGCCGAAAGUUGCAAUUUUGUGAGCUAUUAAAUUGAGUUUUAUAUUAAAUAAGCAUCAUUAUUUACAUCGGAUCCUAAAUGAAUCGGCUCGUAAAUAAAUCUGCUGUUUGAACUGUCUACCUCCCUUUAAGAGUAAUGAAUGUAGUGAAGGUCUUGCUGACUUUUUUUUAGUAAAAAGUCUUAAACUAUUGAUGCAAUUAGGUAUAAUGCACUUUUUGAGUUCAAUUGAAACUCAUCUGCUGAAAGUGACGUAAAUAGCACUCUCCAAAUACGAAUGUGGAAAUGGCGCAAAAAAAAGUGAACGAUUUCUAGUUUCGAAAGUGGAAUUUAAUUUCUAGAUUUUCAAAUAUUGAUCCAGUUUUCUCAAGUUGGGUUAAUGUUAUCAGAAAAAGGCCAAUCGUAAAUUGUACUAGAAUUUCAAAGAGCUUAAAGGGCAUCUAUUUUUUUCAUUGAAAUUCGAAAGGUUUUUUCAAGAAAGUGAGUUUUUUUUGAUGUUUACUUGCGUUCAUUACUCUUUUCCAAUACUCGAUUGGCUAUGUUUUAAGAAUGCUGGUCCUAUUUUUGUUUGUCUUUGAAGUUGGAAGCCGUUUGUGGAAAGUGCAUUGAAUCCGAAACUAAAGUUUGUUAUAUUAAUAGUUAGUGAUAAUAAUUUGUUGUACAAAAUAUCAUUUUUCGAAACUGCGUGUUUUAUAUUGAUCGGAUGAAAGUUUUUUUCUUUGCUUGCUGAAAUCUGUCCUGAAAUUAAUUCGGCAGAUUUUUGAAAAUUGGAUAAUAUUUUGAUAAAAUUAGAACAUACAUUUUGAAGAAUUGAGUUUUGUCCGACU